GGGGGAGCGGCGCGGGAGCCUAUGCAUGGCCGGGCGGCAGCGCCAAGGGUGACUCCCAGGGGUGCCUCUGAGCGCUGCCAUGGCCGCGGGUGUCAUCCAGCCCCUGGCCGAGCUGCGGCUGCCCUCGCCCUUCCCGCACGGCCUGCUGCUGCCCACGCACCCUGAGCCCGACUUCCCCGACCUCUCCGAGGAGGAGGAGGAAGAAGAAGAAGAGGAGGAAGAAGAAGAGGAGGAAGAGGAGGAGGACGUGGAAGCAGUGGGGGAGAGCGUGAGGCCGGAGCUGGCCGGAGUCUCCAGCACUGCCGAGACCACGCUGCGUCUCCUCAAGUUCUCGGAGCUCAUCAGCUGCGACAUCCAGCGCUACUUCGGGCGGCGGGGCCGGGAGGAGGCGGCCGGGAGCCGCCCGGUGCCCGCGGACUGCGGCUCGGCCCCGAGCGCUCCGGCCGUGCCCGAGGCCCCGCGGGGCGGCCCGGGGGCCGCGCACAGGCUGGGCCCGCUGACCGAGCUCUUCGAGUACGGCGUGCACCGCUGCCUGCCCGGCGGCCGGAGCCAGCGGCUGGAGAGGAAGUACGGCCACAUCACCCCCAUGCACCGCAGGAAGCUGCCGCCCUCCUUCUGGAAAGAGCCGGGCCCCGCCGGCCUGCUCCACAGCGGCACCCCCGACUUCAGCGACCUGCUGGCCACCUGGACCGUGGAGCCGGGGCCGGAGCCGGCGGGCGCGGGGCGGGAGCUGCUGGGCCGCCCGGGGCUGGAGGCAGAGCCCUUCGCGGGGCUGUGACCCCAG